GCCGAAGCAUCAUGAAGCAUCAUCGUUUUGUGGCCUAUGCAAAAGGGAAGCACCAUGCCAGGUCCUAAGUCGCUGAAGAGACGUCAGGAAGAUGACAGGUCACCUGGUCCCGCCUCGGGACGACAUAACAAGAAAGCCGGGAAAAACAAGCGGGAGGUGACGUAUGAUACGUAUGAUGAAGCAUUGGAUGGUGGAGUGGAGAUGGAGGAGAAGGGUGAGAGGUACAGGGAUGGUGAUAAGGCACAGAGAUUCUAUGAAAAGGCUCUGGAUCUGUAUAAAAUGGCUUACGAUUACGAACCGACAUUCGAUGCGGCUUACAAUCAAGCUCGAGUCCUGUUCACUCUGGCUACUUCCUUCUUCCUACCGCCUUCCUCGCUGUCCUACCUGACGACAUCUAUCAACCUCUACCGACACGCCAUGACGUUGACUCAGGAAGUCCUGUUGAGUCUCGAUGCGGCGUAUAACCUCGCUCAGGCGAUACUUGAGCUGGCGGAAGUUUUGGAAGAUUUACAUUCGGACAAAGACGAAGAGGUCAGGAGCCUACGUUUGGAGGCCGUUUCGAUAUUGUCCCAAGUCUUGCAAGGGCAGGAGAGUUUCUUACAGAGGCGGACACCCGAAACAGAUGCCCAGCCCGAGGACGACAUUUCACAGGAUCCACCUGCAGACGAGAUGGAGUUGGAUGGUGAUGAGGCAUCACUAGAACAGGCAGCCAGCUAUGAGACAUAUCUUCCCACGCCUUCAACAUACAUCGACACUUGCCUACUAUCACUUGAGACUCAUCUCACUCUAUGGACGACUUUAAAUCCACCUGCAAUCGCAUCUGCGGAGGAUCAGACAGUCGUCCGGACGAUUCUCGAUCAAGCAGCCACCAUGACGCCAAAAUCAAAACAGGCAGAGGUCGAUUUCGGCGAAAUCAAAGUCUUACUCGCCCUCGACGAUAUAGUCUGGCGGAUGCACAGAUCCGAAGCACAACUCGGUACAGUUACAGAAUCCCAACCGUCGCUUGAGAAGGCCACUGUGGCCUUGACAUCCCUCUUGACGAGCUUGGAUCUGAAUCCGCCUGAAGAGGCCACGCUCCAUGCGGAUAUCUUGACCACCUUGGCUGAAGUCGAACAGACCAUUGCGCACAGGCUCAUGUUUCUUUCUGGCCAAGCUCCAGCUGGACCGAGUCAGCUCGGUCAGAGCGCAUGGUUUCAUCUGGGGGAAGCCAUCACACAUCUGACCAAAGCUUUGGAACUCCCGACAUCGGCCAGUACACCCAAGACAUUCAAGUCGAGCGUGUUGCACGACCUCAGUCAGGCAAGUCUGUCACGAGCGAGACUAGCCCGUAUCAACGAUACAGCCAAGCGGAAUUCAGCCCAAUUGAUCGAAAAUGCCCUGGCUUACGGGACCAAGGCGGCGGAAUCGAUAAGUUGGGGAUGGUUAAACCCUACCAGGCUAGCUUCCAGUUCCCAGAUUGGGAGGAAAGAAAGCGUCGAAUUACCUUGGCCGUGUGGGUGGGAUGCGGAAUGGCUGGCGAGAUCCAUCGUCUUACAAGCGCUUUGGACCAUGCACGUCACUCUGAAUGACGAGGCGCUGGAGAUCGCUCCCGAAGCCAAGCAGCGAUACGAGGGAUGUAUGAAGGGCAUUGUGGAAAGACUCAAAAGCCUAGAAGGAGAUAGACGGCUGAGCACCACGGAUGUGGCGCGAUGGGUGGAUGAGUUGGAAGAGGCGGAAGGUACGCUGCCACUGCGGGAGAGAGAAUGGUGGAACAAUGUAGCAACAAGUAUAUCGUGAUCCUCGCUGUGCAUGGCGCAGUUCGACGUGAUCCUUGCUCGAGGUCAUCGGUGAUUGCCAUGAAUGUGGCACGUUUCAGGCUCUAUUCAAUCCAGGAUUGGCUCAUGUUUCAGAAAC